ACCACCACCUCAUCUCCUCUUUUUGUCCAAGUGCGGACAGUCUUCUCCUCCCGGCGGCUUUAGAGGGGUGGGGUUUCUUUGUGGUGUGUGUGUGUGUGUUUGUUUGUGGUUUUGUUUUUGUUUUUCCCAGCACCAUUAAAACACACAGCAGUGGCGUAGGCGGGUCCGUCUCCCUCGUAGCGCGUGAGCGAGCGAGCGAGAGAGAGCGAGAGCGAGCGAGAGAUCGGCACGGAGGCGCAUACGUGUGUGCACCACUGUCAGGGAAAGGAUGGCCGUGUCAUUGUGAGCUGUCCGAGCUGGUCUCUGGAGCAAACUCGCGCAGAUAAGGAGCGCGACACACGCGUGCGCGCGCGCGCACACUCACACACUCGGAAAGUUUACCCUCGGGAGGACAGUGUUGUCUUUCUCGCCGUGUCUGGACGGGCAAGCGCAGCCGGAUCGUAGCCAUGCCCGCCGAAGUGAAGCAGGAGCAGAGUCCCAGUAACCAGCCAUCUCUGGCCAUGAUGCAAGAACCCCAGGAGCUGGUGGAAGAGACGAUCACCAUAGAGGAGGACCCGGGCACGCCCACCUCCCACGUCUCCGUGGUGACGUCUGAGGACGGAACUACACGCCGCACAGAGACCAAGGUGACCAAGAUGGUGAAGACGGUGACCACGCGCACGGUGCGGCAGGUCCCGCUGGGGCCGGACGGCCUGCCCGUCCCCGAGGGUUCGUCCCCGCUAGGCAGCUACACGGACUCCAUGGACCGGCGCUUCCUGAAGAACGGCGAGCGCUUCGGCGUGCCGCUGCAGGCCACAUCCACGCUGCCGCGCGGCUACGGCGGCUACACCGACGCUUACGGCGAGGCCGGGGAGGCCGCGUACCGGCCCUUCGGCCUGCACGACGCGGCCGACGGCUACGGCAGCCUAUCGCGCGCCGUGGCCUACCGCCCCUACCGGCCGUACGGCUACCGGGUGGAGAACAGCUACACCCUGCCCAUCCGCAAGGACGACUACGGGCACGUGGCGCAGCCGCAGGUGCCCAUGGGCGGAGGCGGAGGCGGGGCGGCGGAGCUGAGCCGCUCGCAGCCCGAGCGCUUCCAGGCGGAGCCGUACGGCCUGGAGGACGACCGGCGCAGCCUCGGGCCAGACGAUGACGAGCCGUACGACCUGGAGCCCGACUACUCCACCGCAGGGCGCCGCACGCUGCCCGCCGCCGCGCACACCCUCCGCGAGCCACUCCGCAACGGCCCGCGCAGCAGAGGCUACGACGAGCCCGUGGAGGCGGAGCUCGUCGAGGAGCGCCACGCCUAUGUGCCGAGCGCAUACUCGGCCCCCCUGGCCCAGCCGGAGCGAGGCAGCACGGCCAGCCUGGAGCCCACGGCGGGCCGGCGCUCGCCCUCCGCCGACAGCGUGCGCAAGGACCCGCGCUGGCGCGACCCCGACCUGCCGGAGGUCAUCGCCAUGCUGGGCCACCCCAUCGACCCGGUCAAGUCCAACGCCGCCGCCUACCUGCAGCACCUCUGCUACGAGAGCGACAAGGUGAAGCGGGAGGUCCGGCGGUUGAAGGGCGUGCCGGCCCUGGUGUGUCUGCUGGACCACCCCAAGGCGGAAGUUCACCGCAAGGCCUGCGGCGCCCUGCGGAACAUCUCCUACGGCCGUGACAACGACAACAAAGUGGCCAUCAAGAACUGCGACGGCAUUCCCGCUCUCGUCCGCCUGCUGCGGAAGACCAGCGACAUGGAGGUCCGCGAGCUGGUCACAGGAACUCUGUGGAACCUGUCCUCCUACGAGCCCCUGAAGAUGGUGGUGAUAAACCACGGCCUGCAGACCAUGACCAACGAGGUCAUCAUCCCGCACUCGGGCUGGGACCCCGAGCCCGACGAGGACUCCAAGCCGCGCGACGCCGAGUGGACCACCGUCUUCAAGAACACGUCGGGAUGCCUCCGGAACGUGAGCUCGGACGGCGCAGAGGCUCGCCGGCGUCUGCGCGAGUGUGACGGCCUGGUGGACGCUCUCCUCCAUGCCCUGCAGUCAGCCGUGGGGAAGAAGGACAUGGACAACAAGUCUGUGGAGAACUGCGUGUGCAUCAUGAGGAACCUGUCCUACCACGUGCACAAGGAGGUUCCUGGGGCAGAGAAGUACCAGGAUGCGUCGGAGCUGACGGUCCCUGGAUCCGCCGGGCCCCAGCGGAAGAAGAAAGAUGAUGCCGGCUGCUUCGGCGGCAAGAAGGCCAAAGAGGAAUGGUUUAAUCAAGGGAGGAGAAACGGGGAGAAUGAUAAGAGCUACGACACCCUGGACCUCCCCAAGCGCACGGAGCCCACUAAAGGGUUUGAGCUGCUCUACCAGCCAGAGGUGGUGCGCCUCUACCUGUCCUUGCUGACGGAGAGCCAGAACUACAACACUCUGGAGGCAGCAGCUGGGGCCCUGCAGAACCUCAGCGCGGGACAGUGGACCUGGUCCAACUACAUCCGCGCCACCGUACGUAAGGAGAAGGGCCUGCCCAUCCUGGUGGAGCUGCUCCGCUCGGACUCGGACAAGGUGGUGCGCGCCGUGGCCAUCGCCCUGCGGAACCUGUCCAUCGACCGCCGCAACAAAGACCUCAUAGGAAAUUACGCCAUGCGGGACCUGGUCAGCAACCUGCCCAGUGGACAGCAACGGCCUGCCAAGAACCUAGAGGAGGACACGGUGGUGGCCAUCCUCAACACCAUCCACGAGAUCGUGACGGACAGCUCGGAGAACGCCCGCUCACUCGUCUCGGCACAGGCCAUCGACAAGCUGGUGGCCAUCAAUCGCACCAGCCAGGCAUCAAGAGAGACCAAGGCUGCUUCCCACAUUCUGCAAACUGUCUGGAGCUACAAAGAACUGAGGAACGCCCUGAUCAAGGACGGCUGGAACAAAACCCACUUCCAGCCUCCACUGAGCGGCGCUCCCAAAGGCUCGAAGAGCAGCAAGCCGGGCUACGACGACACCACGCUGCCCCUGAUGGAGAAGAACCAAGGAGACAGGGGCUGUGGUACUAUGAUUCCCAUGGAUGACCUCGGUCCAGACGGCUACUCCACCAUCGACCAAAGAGACAAAGAUGGUCCGUACAGAGCCGGCCACGUCUCGUCGGACCUGAUGGAGCGCGAGCCCCUGAAGAGCGACUCGAAUAGGAAGCACUAUAUCCGGAGCAACAGGCCGACACUCAGUCUAGUGGAUGCGUGUGAGGUCAAGCCUCAGCCUGUUGACUCCUGGGUGUAAAUGCAUGCAUGGCCUAGACGGCCGCUGCACCACAUCUCGGCCGGACAUGGAUCUCAUCACUACUGCCAUCUUAUCAAGGACUCGCCCGGCGACGAGAAAUCAUCAGCAGAUCUUUUUACGAGAGAGAGUGAGUGAGCGAGAGAACACACCAUACUUUCAACGGGCAGCCAUCAAGCUGCGCUUUUCUCGGCAAGACGAGUCUUCAGCAGCGACGCUAUGGUAGCAGAAGGGCUUCUGUUCCUCACACGUGCACAUUCCCACUGAUCAGUUCCCCGGCAGAACGGAGAAGCCCAGCUUUACUAGUACGGACGGAGGGACGGGUGGAGAGGAGGAUGAUGGGGGAGGGUGAACACGUGGUCGGAUGGAUGGAUGGGUGGGUGGAUGGAUGGAUGGGUGAGUAUGUAGCAAGUUUAUCCUGGAAAUGGAUGUGUAUUGACAAUA